AACGCCGAAAGGGACAACUUUCCUAGGCCGGUGCCAGGGGAGCCGGAGCUGCCUCACAGAGGCGCGGGGGGCGGAGACAGGGCGGCUGCAGGCCCGGAACCAGCAGGGCUGGCCCGGACGGGGAGGAGAGCGCUGGCCAUGGCGGCGCCCGCAGCGCUGCAGCGGAGCGUGGUGUCCCCCGCGGGCAGGCACUCCGCCUCCCUCAUCUUCUUGCACGGCUCAGGUGAUACUGGCCAAGGAGCAAGAGCAUGGAUAAAACAAAUUUUGAAUCAAGACAUGGCAUUUCAACAUAUAAAAGUAAUUUACCCAACGGCUCCUGCCAGGCCAUAUACACCUAUGAAAGGAGCCUUUUCCAAUGUGUGGUUUGACAGGUAUAAGAUCUGUAAUGACUGUCCUGAACACAUUGAAAGCAUUGAUUCUAUGUGCCGGGGCCUUACAGACCUGAUCAAUGAUGAGGUUAAGAAUGGCAUUGCCAAAAACAGGAUACUCAUAGGAGGCUUUUCAAUGGGAGGUGGAAUGGCAAUGCAUUUGGCAUAUAGGUUUCAUCAGGAUCUGGCAGGAGUCUUUGCCUUGUCUAGUUUUCUCAAUAAAGACUCUGCUGUUUACCAGGCUUUGAAAAGCAAUGAAAGUGCUCUUCCAGAAUUAUUUCAGUGCCAUGGAACUGCUGAUGAACUAGUUCUCUACUCAUGGGGUGAAGAGACCAACAAGAUGUUAAAGUCUCUGGGAGUAUCAGCAUCACUUCAUACUUUUCCAAACCUCAAUCAUGAGCUGAACAGAACUGAAAUAGAAAAAUUAAAGUCCUGGAUUGUAAAGAAAUUGCCUGUUGAAGCACCAAAGGCAAAUGAAUAAAUGAAGAUCCAGCCUCA